AUGGAAAAAUCUUCGGUAAAAAGUACUCCUUGUCGUUCUAUCAUGUCUAUGGAAACUCUUUCAUUUAAUCAGCCAAAAUUUUGUCCAACAGCAAUUUGGGAUACAAAUGGAAUUAAUUUUGCUGAUAAAACAACAGUUGGUUCGAAUCCCACAGGCAUUUUUAUUGAUACGAACAAUACAGUUUAUGUUCCUCAUGGACAAAACAAACAAAUUUUGGUGUGGUUUAAUGGUAGUAACUAUCCAGCAAAAAUUAUUUCUGCCAAUAUCUCAAACUCGCGCUCCAUCUUCGUUACAAACAACGGGAAUAUCUUUAUUGAUAACGGUGAAUUGAAUGGUCGAGUUGAUAAGUGGAUUUCAAAUACAAAUACAUUCGUCAAUGUUAUGAAUGUUAAUGCAUCAUGCCGGGGUCUAUUUGUCGAUAUCAAUGAUACGUUAUACUGUUCAAUGUAUAGACAUCAUCAAGUUGUGAAAAGAUGGAUGAAUGAUGAGUCGAUGACAUCAGUCAUUGCUGCUGGGACAGGUAAAGCGGGACCUGGUUUGAAUGAACUUAAUCGUCCUGAGGGAAUCUUUGUGGAUGUGAACUUUGAUUUAUAUGUAGCAGAUUGUUACAAUCGUCGAAUUCAACUCUUUCAUUCAGGAGAAUCAAAUGGAACAACAGUAGCAGGAGAGAGUUCGCCAAAUCGAACAAUCAGACUUGGUUGUCCGACUGCAAUUGUAUUAGAUGCUCAGAAAUAUUUGUUCAUUGCAGAUAUAGUGAAUGAUGACUAUGAUCGUAUUGUUGGAUCAGGACCAAAUGGUUUUCAAUGUUUAGUUGGAUGUAAUAGAUGGGGUUCAUUUUCGCGUGAAUUAGCAUCCCCACAAACUAUUAGUUUUGAUACUUAUGGAAAUAUGUUUGUUACUGACUCCGAUCAUAAUCGAAUUCAAAAAUUUCUAUCCUUAGAAAAUUGUUGUGGUAAGUUAAGAAUUGUUUAA